CUGUGUUUUCAAACGGGCCCUUCGAAAAUGUCAAUUUGGUCAAACGUAUAUAAAUUCUUCUUUCCACUUCUGGGUUGUUCGUUUCCCUCCGGCGAUCAUCUCCGGUAGCGUUGCCGGCGACUUCCAUACCUCCUCAUCCUCUUUUAAUUCGCAUGCUUGUUCAGCUCAAUUCGGAGCAGUAUUGAUUGCUACAAUCAAAAUCGGAACAUUCCAAUUUCGAUGAUAAUUUAGAUCCCCGAGAACUGUUGAUUUUCAUCAAUUCGAUUAAUCUGUGUAGGGAAGAUGCUGCUACGAGUUCCGCUCUUCAUCUUCUUGUCGUUGCAUUGCAUUUCGUUGAUCGACGGAUCGGCGGCAUCUCUUCCUCCCGUAGAUCUUCUCGGAAUCUCUCCUCAAGAUGAGAAGUAUUACAGUGGAUUGUCGUCCGGAGCCGCCAUAAAAUGCAAAAACGGAUCUAAAACAUUCACUGGGGCUCAGCUCAAUGACGAUUUCUGCGACUGUCUGGAUGGCUCCGACGAGCCAGGAACCUCAGCAUGCCCCAAUGGCAAGUUUUAUUGCCGGAAUGCUGGGCAUACACCUCUUCUUAUAUAUUCUUCUAGGGUUAAUGAUGGCAUCUGUGAUUGUUGUGAUGGGAGUGAUGAGUAUGGUGGCAAAGUGAAGUGCCCAAAUAUGUGUUGGGAGGCUGGCAAGGAAGCUAGAGAUAAGUUAAAGAAAAGAAUUGCAAUAUACCAGGAAGGUGUUACUAUAAGGAAAUCAGAAGUUGAAAAGGCAAAACUAGCAAUCUUCAACGAGGAAGCAGAACUAGUGAAGCUAACACAAGAGGAGAAGAUACUUAAAGAAAUAGUUGAACAAUUGAAAGAGCACAAGGAACAGAUAGAAAAGGCUGAGGAAAAAGAAAGAUUACAAAAAGAAAAAGAAGAGAAGGAAAAGAAAGAAGCCGAAGAAGCUAAGUCGAAAGAUACCAAAACUGAGGAGAACUACCAUGAAGAUUCUGUAAACAUGGAAAAUGGCAUCCAUGAUGAAAUUUCAUCAGAGAAAGCUUCUCCUAUAGAGAAUGUGGUAGAAGAUCAUAACAGUAAAGUGGACAAAACUGAGAGUAGUGACAUUCCAACUAUGGAUGAAACCCAUGGUGAUGAAGCAGGCAGGGUGGGUGAUGACUCCCUCAAGCAUACUCUGGUAGAAGAGGAGAUGCUGUCUGCAAAUGAUGAUGGAUCUGAUCCUAAAAGCAGCAGUGAGGUAAAAGAUGCAACUGAGGACACUGAAUCCUUGUCAAAGGAAGAGUUGGGCCGUGUAGUUGGUUCUCGUUGGACUGGAAAAAAGAACGAGAAGGAAUCCAGUGAGGCAGAUGCCAAUAAAGAUUAUCAUGGCGACCAUGGUGAAGAAUACAAUACGUAUGACUCAGAUGAUGAUGAUUCUGAAGACCAAAUGGACGAGUUUGGCGGGGAAGAUAACAGUGAUUCACAUUUAUUAUCUGAUGAUGAUGAUACUAAAGAUCAAGGGGAUGAUUUUGUGGGAGAAGAUCAUGAUUCAAGUCCACCAUAUUCAUCACCAUCGUCAUCUUCAUAUGAUGAUGAUGAUGAAUUGGAUUUAUCAGAUAUAACUAGCUCAAGGAAUCCACAUUGGUUGGAGAAGAUAAAAAGAAAUGCUCAGAGAAUUUUUCAGACUUUCAAUUUGUUCCGAACUCCAGUAGACAUAUCUGAGGCUGCCCGUGUACGCAAAGAAUAUGAUGAUUCAAGUGCCAAGUUAUCAAAGGUUCAAUCGAGGAUAUCUAAAUUGACAAAAAAGCUGAAACAUGAUUUUGGUAGGAAUUGGGAUAAAUUUGAGGACUCAUACAGAACCAUGAUUUUUUCAAAUGGAGAUCACUGCUGGAAUGGACCACAAAGGAGUAUGAAGGUCAAACUAAGAUGUGGUUUAAAAAAUGAGGUAACUGACGUAGAUGAGCCCAGCCGGUGCGAAUAUCUCGCAUUUUUAUCCACACCAGCUGUCUGUGCAGAAGAAAAGCUAAAGGAACUCGAGGAUCGACUCAAAGUGCUCAACAGAGAGCUACCACAAGCUCACGAUGAACUCUGAAAGUAUCCUCUUUUUUUCCAUCGAACACUAAAACUAGGAAGAAAAAGAGACUUUUGCUUUAGAUUUAAGUUCCUGGUUUAGAAAGAUUAUCAAGUGUUAAGGGCUUUAGGGUCCUCAUGGAAGGGAAAGAAAAUGGUAACCAAAGGCCAAUGCUUAGGACUAAGGCCUUGUUUGGGGAGAGCGUUUUCAAUUAGCAUUAACGUUUUGGAUAAAAUAUUAAACGUGUAGAUUAAUUCGGAAAACGCUAACACUAAAAGCUACCGUCAGAUAGUCUUUUCAAAACGCUAAUGUUAAUUUCUAACGUUGAUGCCAAACGGGCCUAAGUGAUAAGCAGUGGUCUUGUUUGGAUAUUUUCUUUGUUUCCUUCCUCUUAUUCACUAAAUGGCAUAUCUCCUUCCACUUUAAGCUCACCAAAGUUUAAACAUCUCCCAGCUCGUCUUAUUGG